UGAUCCCCAUCCAACCAAUGCUUAGGUAGUUUUUUUGUAGAGGAUGAGCAACAGGCUCUACCAUUGCGAGGUGUAACACAACGAUCGGGGUUAAGCCUGUAUUUUGUUGGUUAACGUUAACUAGUGUGAAGCGUUUAUGAUCUAGGUUUGUUUAGUUUUUGUUGAACUGGUGGUAGAUAGCAGAAGAUAACUGCAUAUACGUUGUUUUUAUAGAAUAACCAGAUUUGUUCGAGGCCUUGGUAUGGAUGAGGUACGGCCUACCAGUGGUGCUCAAGCCCACGGGCUAGUGCCGCUGUUUCCUCCUGGACUGCAGGCUAUCUACGGGGAAUGCCGGCGACUUUACCCCGAGCAGGCCAACCCGCUUCAAGUUACAGCCAUUGUAAAAUAUUGGUUAGGGGGACCAGACCCGUUAGACUACAUCAGUAUGUAUAGGAGUACGGGCUGUCCAGCUCAGGACAUCCAGGAGCAUUGGCACUAUGUCAGCUUUGGACUGAGUGACCUAUAUGGGGAUAAUAGGGUUCAUGAAUUCACAGGGGCAGAUGGACCCAGUGGGUUUGGCUUUGAGCUCACCUUCAGACUCAAAAGAGAGAUGGGAGAAACGGCACCACCAACCUGGCCAGCUGAACUCAUGCAAGGCUUGGCUCGUUAUGUGUUCCAGUCAGAAAACACAUUUUGUAGUGGCGACCAUGUAUCGUGGCACAGUCCACUAGACAACAGUGAAUCUCGUAUCCAGCACAUGUUGCUUACAGAGGACCCACAGAUGCACCCGAUUCAGACGCCGUUUGGCUCAGUGAGCUUUCUCCAGAUUGUGGGUGUGUGUACAGAAGAGCUACAGGCGGCACAACAGUGGAACGGCCAAGGCAUCCUGGAGCUGAUGCGUGGAGUCAGAGUAGCUGGUGGCCCUUGGCUGAUCACAGACAUGAGGAGAGGGGAGACCAUUUUUGACAUUGAUCCACACCUACAACAGGAGAGAGUGGACCAGGGUAUCGAGACAGAGGGCUCUAACCUGAGUGGGGUCAGCGCCAAGUGCGUGUGGGACGAUCUGAGUCGACCGCCAGAGGAUGAGGAGGACAGCCGAUCCAUCUGCAUAGGAUCACAGCCACGGAGGCUCUCAGACAAAGACACAGAGCAGAUCAGGGAGACCCUUAGAAAAGGACUGGAGUUUAACAGCAAGGCAGCACUACCACCUAUCACCAGCCAGAGACAGAGCCACGAGAGACCUCAGAGUCGGAAGGACAGUUUGGAGAGUGAGAGUUCAGCAGCCAUUGUUCCUCAUGAGUUGGUCCGAACACGACAGUUGGAGAGCGUCCAUCUUAAAUUCAACCAAGAGUCAGGCACACUGCUGCCCCUCUGCCUGCGGGGCCGGUUGCUCCAUGGGAGACACUUCACUUACAAAAGUAUCAAUGGAGACACAGCCAUUACAUUUGUGUCUACGGGAGUUGAAGGAGCUUUUGCUACUGAAGAGCAUCCAUAUGCAGCCCAUGGCCCCUGGCUUCAGAUAUUGUUGACUGAAGAGUUUGUGGAGCAGAUGCUUGGGGAUUUACAGGAACUUAACACUCGUGAGGAGACAAAGUUACCAAAGGAGUACAGUUGGCCAGAAAAGAAACUGAAGAUCUCUGUACUACCAGACUCUGUGUUUGAUAAUCCACUGCAAUGAGACAGAGACAUGUAAUCACUAGAAAGUACCAACAAAAACACCUGCAGACACACUUCCAGAGUGCACCAUCAUGAACAGGAGACCUCCCAAAACAUGCAGCGACCCUGAGCUGUCAGGGCGCACAGAUAUGUUGCUCCCACAGUGGAUGGCCAGAGACUGUUUCACUCCUGAAGAUGAUCUGAGGGAUGAUCUAAACACUUUUGACUGUUACUGCAUUCUCAGACUAGCCUGACUGUUUACAACUUUUCUCUGAGGCUUGAAUGCUUUUGAGAAUGUCAAAUAAGCCUGGAACCAGCCUGUCCCGAUGUUCGACCGACCUGUAAGAACAAUCAUUAUAGGUGACACACUAGCUGUAGGGCAAAACAGGAUGUUAUCAUUCCUCCAGUAAGGCCUGCCAAGGUCUGAGGUCCAAAUGUACGUCACUAAUACACUUGAGCAUGCGUCUUGUGAUCACCAGAUAUAGUGUCCCAAGUGAUAACUGGGUUGCUGUUUUUAAAAACAGUUAUAUUGAUUCCAUUGGCCUUAGAAAGGACAGAAAAGUGACAUGUUGAACCUUUUUAUAAGUGUUUUUUCAAUUGAGCUCAUGUGUAUAGUAUUUACAAAUGCUGGACAUUUUUCUCUUAUGUGUUUGUGGUCAUACCAAAGUUUGACCUGUUGGCAGUCCGCUGCCAGUACUGUCUGUGUCUCAAAUGUGUCCUGAUUCUGUUAUAAUGACAUGACAGGCUGAACUAUGAUGAACUAUUAUUCACUUCCUGUUUGUCCGGGGUAAUCAAACAAGCAUCUGAACUGUUUUCUUAGGUAUCCGGCAAAUGCUGCAGGUAUAACCACCGCCUCCCUCGUGUGCCAAGAACAUGAAUCCUGUACUGAAUAAUAUUUUUUUAAUGUGUCCCCUUUCAGUUUUUUCACGCAUGAUGAUGCGUGUUUUAAAAUUAUGAAAUCAAAUACAUCAAGUCCCUUGUAAACGUUAAAAGACUGGGAAUCCGUGUUCAUUGUCCUCUCAAUUGUUGUCUCCAGUGGCCACAUAAAUAUGAUUAUUAUUUUUUUUACAGUAGGACCUGCUUGAAAAUAAAUUGGAGUAAAAUUCCUCAGUGCCUUGAGCUAAAACGGACCACAUAUUCUCUGUUGACUCUUAAUGCUGCCUACAGCUCAUAGAUUGUUAAGAGCUAUCACUUUGAAUCAAGGCUGCUGCGUUUAUUGUCUUUUUCUGAUACUGUCGUUGCAUUCCAUUUUAACACCACAACAGAGAACAGACUACUUUUACUACAGUGUCUUCUUACGAAAAUGUACUCUUAUACAUGGCAUCUUAUUUUUGUUUGUCUUUUUUAAUUCAGUGACAAAUGUAAGGUUUAGGCAUCGUUGAUAUGGUUAUUUGUAAUUACUAUCUUAUUGACUGAACUGACUGAUUGUAAUCCCAAGUGCAUUAAAGAGUGUAGGCAUUUACACAAAUAAAGCUACAAACUACUCCAGAA